CCCGCCCCGGCCCGCCCGCCCGCUCCCGCCCUCCCGCCUGCCGCAACCCACAGCCUGCCGCCGCCGCUGCUGCCGCUGCCGCCGCCGCCAGGUUGUGCCUCAGACUGACAGAUAAAGCGGCGGGCCGGGCCGGCGGGGCGGUGAGCACGGCCCGAGCCGGACAUGGCGGCGCUCUACGCCUGCACCAAGUGCCACCAGCGCUUCCCCUUCGAGGCGCUGUCUCAGGGGCAGCAGCUGUGCAAGGAAUGUCGGAUUGCACACCCUGUUGUGAAGUGUACCUACUGCAGGACUGAGUACCAGCAGGAGAGUAAAACCAAUACAAUAUGCAAGAAAUGCGCUCAGAAUGUGCAGUUGUAUGGAACGCCCAAACCGUGUCAGUAUUGUAACAUAAUUGCAGCAUUUAUUGGCAAUAAAUGCCAGCGCUGUACAAAUUCAGAGAAGAAGUAUGGACCGCCAUAUUCUUGUGAACAGUGCAAGCAGCAGUGUGCGUUUGACAGGAAAGAUGAUAGAAAGAAGGUAGAUGGCAAAUUGCUGUGCUGGCUGUGUACACUUUCCUACAAACGGGUCCUGCAGAAGACCAAAGAGCAGAGGAAGCACCUGAGCAGCUCUUCUCGGUCUGGCCACCAGGAGAAGGAGCAGUACAGCCGCUUGAGUGGUGGUGGCCAUUACAACAGCCAGAAAACACUUUCUACAUCUUCAAUUCAAAAUGAAAUCCCAAAGAAAAAAUCCAAGUUUGAGUCAAUCACAACUAAUGGAGACAGCUUUUCUCCAGACCUGGCUUUGGACUCUCCAGGCACAGACCACUUUGUCAUCAUUGCCCAACUGAAGGAAGAAGUGGCUACUCUGAAGAAGAUGUUGCAUCAGAAGGAUCAAAUGAUUUUAGAGAAAGAGAAGAAGAUUACAGAGCUGAAGGCUGAUUUUCAGUACCAGGAAUCUCAAAUGAGGGCCAAAAUGAACCAGAUGGAGAAAACCCACAAAGAAGUCACAGAACAAUUGCAGGCCAAGAACCGAGAGCUCCUGAAGCAAGCAGCAGCCUUGUCCAAGAGUAAGAAAUCUGAGAAGUCAGGAGCUAUAACCUCACCAUGAUAGACCACAGGGAGGCGCUCCAGCGACAGCAAAUGGAGUCACCCGGGGUUAGAGUUGGAGACCUGGCUGUUCUCUGGGAAUUGCAAGCUUUCUUAAGAAAUCUCUAUUUUAUUACAGUUAUCUUUCUUUGUGUGACUGCAGUGGGCUGAAUGGAGACACCUGCGUUAUGACUGCAUGCUCGAGUGUGUGCGCUUUCGGGCUCCUCUCUGUCUCCUCUCCUCUGUCCCAUCCCCAUAUCCCCGCCCAUCUGCUUCUCUCUCUCCCUCCCUCUCUCUCUCUCUCUUUCUCUUUCCCUCUCUCCCUCUUUCUCUCUCUCUCGGUACUCCUCUUUGGUUUUGUUUGUUUGUUUGUUUUUUGUGGUGGUAACUGCUCCGUGUUAUGUGCAGAAUGAUUGCUUUUGUCCAUCACUGCAUCCUGCCAUUGGAGCAACUAGCUUGGUGUUCAUCACGUAUCACUGCCGCCCUCUGAACUUUGAAAACUGCCACCUUCAGACUUGGUACAAUGGAAGAAGCUAUCUCUCAAAAAAAAAAAAAAAAAAAAAAUUGCUUCA